AAAAAAAAAAGCCAGCCUUUGGAGUGGCGCUGUCACACAAAUACAACACACUCGGAGAGCAAAGCAAACACUCUCCUUCUUUCUUGCUCUCUCACCCUCUCUCUCUCUCUUCCCUCCCAUCCCCACACACACAUACACACAUCUCCACACACACACACCACUACAGUAUAUCAGCCAGCGACUAGCGGCGAGCCAGAGGGGAGUGCAGAAAUGAAUGUGAAGAUCCUGACGCUGGUGAUUGUGCUCCUGGUGUCUCUGCUGUGUUCUGCCAGUGCUGGUCCGAUGGCCUCCACGGAACAUGGCCGGGAGCUGGGAGAAGCAGCUUCGGUGAGGAAACUGGUGCAGCAAAAUCCCGUAAGAGGCGGUCAGACCCACAGACCGGCCGGCUGGAAGAGGAGACGUCCACGGCCCCGUCUUUCCCACAAGGGACCAAUGCCGUUCUAGACCAAGGCACUGCUUAGAGCGCCCUCCCCCAGGUUGUGAUUUCUCUGCUCUUCCUUUGCCUUGGGGAGGCCUGCAGCCGAGGGCCUACGCUUGCCCAGCCUGAAGAGUGAUGUCCAUAGCACCUGCUGGUUCUUCAAGCAACUCUGUCCACAAGAUUUGAGGAAAAAAACAAACAAACCAACGACAAAAAAUCAGGACAAAGCCGCUCGACCCUCCGGGGGGAGGGCUGUGAUGUGGGGGUGGGGGGGCGGUGGGGAGGCAUCGAGCCCGAGCUAUCCGAUUCUAUCCCUCCUUGAUCCCGUUCUGUCUUCUCGCAAAAGUCAUCUUUUUUUUUUUUCCAUCUUCUUUAUUUUUCCGUGCUUCAUAGACGCCAACACACACUUCCUUUCCUUUCGACUCGACUCUCAUCCCGACUGUUAACUGGCAGCGGCGGUCCGCUCCGGCGCCCCGACUUUUAACCAAGUGCCAAACAACCACGGCCGUAGGGAGGAAAGACGCCGAUUUUGACCAGUCCUUGGCUCCUGGCCCCGCCCCCCUUUUGAGCGAUUAUCCCGCCACAAGCGCUGCAGGUGUCUAAUGACGUAGCCUAAUGCUAACCAAAUGCUAAAUGCCUUUUUUUCUCGUUCUACUGGAUCACUCUUCCACGUUCAUCUCGACAUUUAUUUUUCUCAGGGUGCUAAGA